AUGUCACUUACCUCCACUAUUGUCCGCAGAGAAGAAAACACCUCUGGAACGAGCAGACCCACAAUCGGAAAGGACGUCUCCGCCACAGCAUCCAGUUUGGAUCCCGAAAUCACUCGAAGCAAUGUUUUCAAAGCGCUCAUCGAUUCUGUAGGCGUCGAUCAUUGUCAGGCUAUGAGCUCUCAUGCCGCCGCGUCCCUUGAGGCUGGUGACCUCCGCCGCUUCUUGAAUGACGCGUCUCUCAUGAUCAGGGACAUGGAAUACGCUGUUUCGUCACUGAAUGGCCUCGAGGACUCAGGACACACCUCCACACGCUACCUUUCUGCUGUGGGACGCGUUCCCGUCGAAAUCUUGACCGAGAUCUUUCUCUUGGCGCGGACCCGUCCGCAGUUGUCACACCCUGCAGUAAAGCAGGGAUUUCACGCCUCUUGGAACGUGGCACAGCUAUGGAACAUUGUGCACGUUCGAGGGACAUCGGAGACACUCGGCUGGGGCAGGCGGGGACCGGACGAGAUGCUUUCUAGGACGCGUUCCGCAAUUCCACAUCUCGUCGUUGACCUUCGGCAAGCACCGACGGAGCUCUUGCAGAGGUGCAUCUCGGGAAGGUUGUCUGCGUUUGAGUCAAGGUGUAGAGGUGUUGAUCUCUGCGCCUUCUCCGGCGACCUGAGCAAUCGCACCUCUUUCCGGUAUAGCAACGCGCGUGUAUGGCUCGCACGGUUCAGGCAGCUGGAGCGGCUCACGUUGGUAGGCUGCCAGUUGGACGUAGACCCCGUUUGUCUGUCCGUAGACUGGCAGAGGCUGACGCACCUCCACGUACACCUGCAAGCAGGCAGAGAUGUGAACACCUUCCUCUCGGUUUCUCAGCUGCCGAACUUGUGUGUCCUCGUCCUCGACUGCUAUGGCGUGUUUCUGGACGGCCCGUCCCUCUUCGCCAACUACCCCAACCUCGCCGACUUCUUCCUGUACGGCGCCGUUUUUUGGCACUCACGUCAGUUCACACACGAGCGUCUCGAGCGCGUAUGCAUCGACCCGUCGCGUUAUGGUUCUGACCGCCACGCCGGAGGCUUCUUGGACGUGGCGACACUCCCUUCUCUCACCGAGCUCGCUAUACCGUAUAAUAGUACUGCAGAAGGGCAUUUGACGGGUCUGCUACGCCGUUCGGAGUGUCAGCUGAAUCGGCUACAACUCAUAGGCAGCAGCGAACAAGAGGACGAAUGCUGCGAGACACCAGCAAGGGAGAUGGGAGAGAGGUUGAAGAUUCCUGAAGUCGAGUACGACGUUCGGUGUGGAGACACGGAGAUGAUGCGAGAGCUGAGGGCCAAGUGGUACGAACUUAGCAAACGCUGGAUGAUACACGACGUCACCUACUCGGGGUUCGGUCUUGAAAACAUAGGCCUAACUGCCGCUGUCCUGGUCAGCCAACGCCCCUUCACCGUUUGCAUGGAGCUAUGGGCCGUAGCCUGGCUUUUACCUUCGGCUGACGCAGAAAUUCCUUACAGAGCCCAGAUGCUGAGGUUAUCGAUGGAGGUGCCUCAGAUUCGGACUGUCCACAGAGUAAUCGAGUCACAACAUGACGUCACGGGCUGGGACCCAGAGCAACUUUAUACCGAGAUUCGUGUUGAUAUGACCCAGAUAUACUACGAGCUACUGACGGAUUUCCUACGCAGUGUGCGAAUAAACGAGGAUAAGUACAACCUAGGACUUAUCCGGCGCUUAUCAGGAGAGGUUGUCAAAUAUGGACCCAUGCGGCUGAAACAGCGGCUGGGAUUGCCCAAAAAAUACGCGCCAGUGUGGACUGCACACUGA